AUGAAUUUUCUGCCAAAACCAGAAAGACAUGCUGAAUCAUUGCUUGACAUUUGUCAUGAUACAAACUCUUCUCCAACUGAUACAAUGACAGUUACCAAAAACCAACACAUAAUAUUGCAAAGCAUCAGCAGUGGUGAGGACUUUUUUGACCAAGAUGAUGACCUUAGUGACUCCAUAUUGUUUAGUGAAGAAGGAGAUGUCAAAGGUGAAGGUCAAGACUGUCCACCUAAAACAGAUGAUGUUGAGAUUAUUGUGACUUUUCCAAGAGACCAUCCCCCAGAAAUGAACCAAGAGGAUUUGAAAGAAAGCAAUCAGAUAACUUCAGUGCAUCAAGAAGGGGAACACACACAUUCUGUUCCUCUCCCAAAUGAAGAUGAGAUGGCAGACUGUGAGGUGAACACACUAGCCAUGCCUUUCAUUCUAAAAACACAAGAAAGUUCCAAGGAGCUCUACAAUGUGAACAUGGGCUUUUUGUUGCCCAGACCUUGCUUGGAACCAAUUAUCUCCAAGUCUGUAACCAGAGAAGAGACUCCUACUUUUCUCAAGGUGCAGCAAAGAAAAUCUGAAGAGUUUUCUACCUCUGAUAUGAAAUACAGUAGCCGAAAGACUGAGUUUUCUCUGCCACCAUUGUCUCUUGUGCCCUUGAGAUCUGGUAUGCUCACUAUUCCCCAAAGUCACAAGGUUCCAAGAGAAACAGAAAGAAACACAGCAAGCCUCACAUGCUUUGUACCUAACAUCCUUGAACCUGUUAGUUCCUCAUGUGUGUUUACUGCAGCAAACCAGCAGAAGAAAGUCCCGUUAAAGGGGCUGAUGGAUCAGACACUCAGGCCUUCUGAUAGCUCCAUUUGGUCCAGAAACAUGUGUCCUUUUUGGAAGACUAGCCAUCACAGACAACACCUGGAAGUGGAAGAGAAUUGGAAAUCCAAGGAAACAGAAGGAUGGGACACAACUGAAGCCUCUCCUUUUGAAAAAGGGCAGUCUCUGGUGUCCUUUGACCAUUUUAAGGAUGGCGGUCUUCCCACAGAUAAGGAACAGGAUACUGAAUACUGUAAUGGUGAAAUGAAAAAAACAGAAGAAAACUCCCUGCAUGUGUCACGGAGAAAGAAAGAGGGCCCGUCAGCCAAAAAGGAUGAACAGGAUUCACAAAUUGUGUGUACCAUCCCAAGCAAGCCCCAAGAAGUCCAACACUCUGAAGUAAUUCCCAGUGAGGAGAAAGUGACUAGAAAUAAUACCCAUUCAAAAAGCAAUUCCUUGUCUAAAGGUGAAAAAAUGGACCCAGAGGAUAUUUUAGAAGAGUUUACUGUACUUAAAGACUUGUUCAAUGUGGUUUCUGAUGGUCCCAAUGAACAGCUCCCAGGUCAUCUCCACAUGGGAACAAACAUAAAAAUAGCAAUAGCUGAAGCAACCAAACCAGAAAUGAGUGGGAUGGUGCCUCUUCUCCACAUCACUUUCCCUGAAGAAGAAAUGCCCAAAGAGCCAGCUGUAGCCAAACCAAGCCUCCAGAAAAGAAAGAAUGUUGCUCCUAACAAUGGCUUCAACCUACUUGCACACCAAGAAAACAACAAACUUAAGGUGAGUACCCAUAGAAGUAAGUUGGAUUCAAAGACCAAGACAAGUAACAAGACACCUCAAAAUUUCAUGAUAUCCAUUCAAACUUCCAUUAAGCCUAAUCUGCAUAAAACUAGCACAAAAACUCAGGUGUUGCCUGCUUUGGAGCUUGUUAACCCUAAGGCCAGGCAAUCAUCCAAGUGUCAAAAGAGAAUGCCACAGAUAGAAAAGAAGCAAUUACCUUACUGGACACAGAAAUCUAAAAAGCAAUCCUUCCCAUGCAUCUGUAAAAAUCCAGGAAUAAAAAAGCCAUGCAUUCCUCUCUCUGUACCACCAACAGAGCCCAGACUACAUUACCUGGAUCUGAAGUAUAGUGACAUGUUCAAAGAAAUCAAUUCAACUGCAAAUGGACCUGGAAUCUAUGAAAUGUUUGGGACUCCUGUUUAUUGUCAUAUGCGGGAGGCAGAAAGGCGUGAGAUCUGUUCUGCUCCAUCUGGCAGGUGUAUCACCAACAAAUGUCGAACUUCACAUAGCGAACGGAGCAGCAAUAGCAGAACCAGACUUGCUCAGAAAAGACCACACAUUAAACCUCCAAAGCCUUCACUUGAAUUUAAACACAAACACAAAGGUUUAAUUCCUAAAGGAAAAGGUUGCAAAGCUGUAGGUAGCGACCUAGAAGAUGUUGAAAAUGGUAUUCCAGAACCAGACUGGCAGAAGAAAUCAUCAGGAAAUGACUUUCUGUCCAUUCAAGAUGAAGUUCAGUCCAUGAAUUUGGCCCAGGUUUCUGAGAAGGGUCCUAAGCAGAAUGAAUUCCUUCCUAUAUCAGAGUUAUCUAUUGUUGAAGAGAUCUCGAUGGAAGACUGUGUGGAUGAAGGAGACAUUUCUAACAAUCAGAUCCUCACCAUGAGUCUCAAAGAUCUGCAAGAACUUGAAGAGCUCCAUCACCAGACCCCUGUUGUUCUUUCAGAAGACAGCUGGGCUGUGCCUACUGACAAAAGUUCUUCCAAGCACAUACUGCAGGAAAAGCAGAAUACAGCACCUCUUGAGAAAAUAAAUGCCAGUCAAAUGCUAACGAAUUAUCUAGAGUUUGAGAGUGUGUCAGAUAAACCUAAACCGUGUACGAGUUUCUCUUUCCAAGAGAAACAAGAAAAGAUGUCUUCCCAAACAUAUCCCCACUGGGAACAUUCUUUGGAUGAUGAUAGUUUAUCACAGAAAUCGAUCACAUAUCAAACAUUUGGGAAAACUUUAAAUGAUGAAGAUUCUAUUUCCCCAGAAAUUCUGGACUCAUUAAAUAAUGAAGAAUUGACAGAUGAAUUAUUAGGUUGUCUAGCUGCGGAAUUAUUAGCUCUUGAUGAGAAAGAUAACAGCACUUGCCAAAUGAUGGCCAAUGAAACAGAUUCUGAAAGCUUAAAUCUUAUCCUCAACAGGGGAGAAAAUACUAUCAAGGAAUUGGGCAGAGAGACAACAAAUGUCACAAUACAGAGGUAUAACAAUGGGUUCAGGAUAUACGACAGGAAGGAGCUCCCCAACUCAAUUGAAAGGAAGACAUUUUCUGAAAAUAGUUUAAAGCAUGAAGAAGCUAUCCUGUGGACCAAGGGUGAGAUCCUUGGAAAGGGAGCCUAUGGCACAGUAUACUGUGGUCUCACUAGCCAAGGGCAACUAAUAGCUGUGAAACAAGUGGCUUUGGAUACCUCUGAUAAAUUGGCUACUGAAAAAGAAUACCGGAAACUACAGGAAGAAGUAGAUUUGCUUAAAGCCUUGAAACAUGUCAACAUUGUGGCCUAUUUGGGUACAUGCUUAGAAGAGAACACUGUAAGCAUUUUCAUGGAGUUUGUUCCUGGAGGCUCAAUCUCUAGUAUUAUAAACCGUUUUGGGCCAUUGCCUGAGAUGGUGUUCUGUAAGUAUACAAAACAAAUCCUUCAAGGUGUUGCUUAUCUCCAUGAGAACUGUGUGGUACAUCGAGAUAUCAAAGGAAAUAAUGUUAUGCUCAUGCCAACUGGAAUCAUAAAGCUGAUUGAUUUUGGCUGUGCUAAGCGUUUGGCUUGGGCAGGCUUAAAUGGCACCCACAGUGACAUGCUAAAGUCCAUGCAUGGGACACCAUAUUGGAUGGCCCCAGAAGUCAUCAACGAGUCUGGCUAUGGAAGGAAAUCAGACAUCUGGAGCAUUGGCUGCACUGUGUUUGAGAUGGCCACAGGGAAGCCUCCAUUAGCUUCCAUGGAUAGGAUGGCAGCCAUGUUUUACAUUGGAGCCCACAGAGGUCUCAUGCCUCCUUUACCAGGUCACUUCUCCCAAGAUGCAGCAGACUUCGUGCGCAUGUGCCUGACCAGGGAUCAACAUGAGCGACCUUCUGCUCUCCAGCUCCUAAAACACUCCUUCCUGAACAGAAGUCCCUGA